AUGGACACACUCAAGAAGAUUGGGAACCUGAUCGUUCCUCCCCCUGCAAAGUCCGAAGAUGGGCGUGAUCAAUGGCCUUCGCGCGCAGCCUUCCUGUUGGCCGCCAUGGGUGGGUGCGCAGGUCAGGGUAACUUGCUGCGAUACCCAUCGGUCGUAUACAAUAAUUACGGGCUACAAUGGUUCAUUCCGUACCUUCUGGCCGUCUUUCUGAUUGCCAUCCCAGCCUUGAUCCUCGAAAUCUCGAUAGGGCAGGCGUACCGAGGUGGAAGCGUGAUCGCGUUCAAUAAUAUCAACCAGAGACUAAAGGGAGUCGGCCUCGGUCCAGUCUUUGUCAGCUUUAUCGUGGUUCAGUACUUCACCGUCAACCUAGCCUGGAUUAUGAACUACUUCAGAAAUUCUUUCACCAGCCCACUUCCAUGGAUGAACCGACUAGAAGACUUCUACAACAACGAUGUCAUCGCCAAUCCCACUCCGGGGACCGGCAGCUUGAACGAUGAUGGCUCAGUCGCAGCAUACACUUCGUACCCCUCUGUCGGUCUUAUUGGCGAGACCGUCGGUUGGAGUAUCUUCAUCUGGUUCCUGAUCUGGGCCUCAAUUUUCCGGGGUGUCGGUAUGACUGGCCGUGUCGUCUAUUUUACCAUGGGACUACCAAUUGUUACAACUAUCAUUCUCGUCGGCCGCUCUCUGUCUCUCGACAACGCUAGCGAGGGCGUACGGCUUCUGUGGGCAACGUGGAGAAGCGAUCAGCUUGCAUCCGGUACUGUCUGGCAGACGGCGGUGGGACAGGUCUUCUUCUCGACCGGCAUCGGCUUCGGCUACUUCACCUCUUACGCCUCGUACAACGCGAAGCACUCGAACGCGGUCAUGGACGCUAUUCUUAUCUGCGGCAGCAAUGUCCUUUUCGAGAACUUUGCAGCUUUUGCCGUAUUUGGUGUCGUUGGGUACCUUCGACGUUGGCCACAGGACGGCGAAAGACUGGGCGCGUUCGUUGUCGGUUUCUUGACACUGCCAGAAGCAGUGCUCCAGAUGCCUGGCGCGAACUUCUGGGCCGUUUUGCUCUUCUUCACGCUCGUCGUCUUGGGUUUCAGCUCCGCCUUUGUUAUGCUGGAUGCGACCGCAACUCUAGCGGUGGAUGCUGGCGUGAAGUUCUCGCGCCCGGUCAUCGUUACCACGCUUACCAUCAUCUCCUUUCUGCUGUGUCUGCCAUACUGCACGGAGUUUGGCUACUACCUCCUUGACGGCAUUGAUCGAUGGAUCAACAAUGUCGCACUUAUUUUUGUCGUGUGGACAGAGGUGGUGAGCGCCACAACUGUCUAUAGGUGGUCUGAUGUUGUUGAUCAGACCGGACUCCCAGCCUUUGCUCUAUACAACUUUGGCUACUUUGGCGCGCAGGUCUUUGGCAUCGCACUCGCUCAUGGUAUCGGCAGCCCGCCCGCUGGAGUCGGUGCAGGUUUCGGCUUCUACAUUGUCUGCACAAUCGCGGCGGUGUUAAUUGCUAAGACGCCAACUGUUCCAGCCGCAACGAUCGGGGGCGCGGACGCCUUCUGGGAAUCAAACGCGAUCACCAGCCGCUUCUGGUUCCUGGCUUUCUAUUCGGGAAAUCAACUUCGUCGCGAUCUCAACAUCAUCGUUGGCACCGGGAAGAAUUGGAAGAUUCCACCCUUUCUGCCGAUCCUCCUGCGCUACAUUAGUGGACCUGUGUUGGCCAUUAUCUUCAGCUUCGCUUAUCCCGAAUUUUACACACUCCGUUACGAUCCUCUAAUGAUCCUCGGGUUCACGGUCGCCCACAUCGGGAUGGUCCUGGUCAUUGCUGGCUGUAUCAUCCCGCGUUACUACAACGUCUUCAUUCCGCCACAACGACGUGCCGAAGGUACUGAGGAGACCGUUGCCAUGCAGCCCAAGGGUGAAGUGAUAGCGCGUGCAGUCGCUGAUGGAGGCAUUGAAGCUGGCUUGGACAGAUCAUCAGACGACGAGAAGAUAUUGGACGAAGAGAAGACCACGCCACCUCAUAUGCAGCGUCUCUAA